AUGAGAUUUGCACCUGAAGUAGUACCCACUGAGGCUCUUAAGGCUCAAAGAUUUGAGCAAGGCUUGACCCUAUCUUUGCAAGGAAAGCUCGGAGGAGCCACCUUUAGCACCCUUGAUGAGGUUUAUGGGAGAGAUGCCCACUUGUAUGGGAUUAGAGGGAAGGAACAAGAGGGAAACUCUUCAGGAGAAAAGAGGAAAGGGAAUGGCAACCACUCGAACCACGGGAAUGAGAAAAAGUUUAAGGGAGGAAGCGAAAGAAGAGAUGGAAGAAACCUUGGGGCUAGGACCAAUGAUCAGACUUCAAGGAAUCAAUCAGGCGGAGAGAGCCCCAAAAGGGUGUUCCAUUGUAAGAAGUGUAAUAAGAACCACCCAGGAAAAGACUGUGAAGGGAAGCUAGUGACUUGUAGGUAUUGCCAAAAGCUAGGUCAUCGUGAGUAUGAAUGUUACUGGAAAUCUGAAGGAAAACCACUUAUUCUUGCCCAGGAUAACAAGACCAUAGCUUCUAACCCGUCAAACCCUACUCAACAAUCUGGGAGUGCUAAGCCAGGAAACGGGAAUGGAAAUAGUCAGACCAAGGGGCUUCUAUUUGAUUCAGCAGCAUCACAUUCAUUCAUGACUAGGACCCUAGCUGAACGUCUAGGACUAGUCAGUCUCGAAUACAUUUCUGUCAGUUUUGCAUUACCAUCAGGAGAAGAAUUGCAUUGUUCUAAGUUGUAUAGGCAGGUACCUCUACUUAUAGCAGGAAUAGAAUUCCCGUCUGACUUGAUUGAGUAUGAGAUGAAAGACCUAGAUGUCAUCCUUGGGAUGGAUUAG